GUAAUGGUUGAUGGUUUGUUAACAAGUUGUCACAAGUGCUCAUUUUUUGUUUACAAAAUAAAAUCCCGUCCAAUUCGCUUUUUCGUGAAUUGAGUUUAUGUUGUUAUCAGCGUUAUCUAAUCACAGAAAACAAAUGAGUGUAGUUUUGGCGCAGUUUCCUGUGUUUAAAAAACAAUUGAAGUUGGGGUCAUGAUGUUAAUUAAAUGAUUGCCAGUUUUAACAGACUUGGAAGCGUCCAAAACAGAUGAUUUUGCCGAUUUUCGGCCAAAAUGUCGGGCCACGCUGUGGUCGUAUGGGAAUAUGAGACUAGACCCGGCUAUUGGAAGCCCUACAGCCCUGCGGUGACCCAGCAUUUAGAGCGAGCAAAUGCCAAACAACUGACUCGCGUGCUUUUAUCUGACGCCGACCCGACCUUGUUCAACUUUUAUGUCAAUUUGCGCACUUUGACACAAGUACAAGAGGAGACAGAUGAGGUUGUCAAAGUGCGUCGCAAGUGUUACCCGCCUUCGUCUCCGGCCGGAAAAGGGGCCAAGUGGGAAUGUGUCGAUCCGGAAAAUGGCACCGAUUGGCACCCCUUUGAUAUGGACAUUCAGUGCCUUAUCGAGGAGGCUUGGGCUAAUGGGGACCAAAACAUCGACAUGAGUAAAACUCACUUAGGUUUUCCGUAUUUGAUUAAUUUUAGUAACUUGACACAAAGAUGGCUGACCAACGGCCAUGUUCGAAGUGUCAGACGUGUCAAACAAGCGCCAUAUCCGUUAGUUAAGGUUAAGUUAGAAGAAAUGACGUCUGUGACCGGUCGACGCGAAAUUGCAAAAAGUGCCAAAAAUGUCACACAACCAGUACAAAAAACAAUUGGUAGUAGUGCCGCCUUAAACGUCGUCGAAACGAAACGAAGUGCCAAUAAAAAACGAUCACACAAGCCAAAGAACGGGAAUGAGACCAGUACUACCAACCUAGCUAGAGCAAUAUUAAAUAAUUUAAAUAUAUUUAGCAAUAAAUCGAGUAGUAAUAAUUUCACCUCGAAUUCUGAAAACCGUACUCAUAAAGAAUCACUUUUGGACGCGGACAGCAGUAGUACAAAAUCAGGCCGAAGGCCGAGUCUUGACACUGUUUCGACCUAUUUAAGUCAAGAGAGCCGUGAAAGCCAAACUACAGUUUCCACCACUGAUUUGCUGCAAUGUAGCAGCGAGGACGACAAUAUCGAUCACGACCUACUCUCGAUAGUUGGUUUGGACCCGGCUAGUGCAAUAAUCUCGAAAUACGUGCGGGUGUCCCAACCGUGCGAGUGGGCCCCCAGACAGCCCUGCCCCACGUGCCGGCAGCCCCUGCGCCCCACGUUAGUCGUGGUGGCGUUGCCCUGCAACCACGUGUUGCACCUCGACUGUCUUAACUACUCCCUGACCGAACAACAGGAAAAUGGGGCACAUUUGCAUAUUGAUUGUGCGAUUUGUGGCUGCGUCUACGGGGAGAAGCACGGGAAUCAGCCCCCCGGCAUCAUGGAGUGGGGCUUCGUCGAUAAGCGACUCCCCGGCUUCCAGAACUACCGCACGAUUCAAAUCGUUUAUAAUAUUCAGUCGGGGAUUCAAGGGCCGGACCACCCCCACCCAGGGAAGGAGUACUACGCUGUGGGGUUCCCCCGCGUGGCCUAUCUGCCCGAUUGUCCCAAAGGACAGAAAGUUUUACGGUUAUUGAAUAUCGCAUGGCAGCGGAAGUUGAUUUUUACGAUCAGUAGGUCCAACACAACAGGUUGCGAGGAUGUGGUCGCGUGGAAUAUACCGCAUAAAACCGAAAUUGGGCCGAGUAAUAGUGCGCAUAGUUACCCCGAUUCGGGGUACUUGACGAGGGUUUUGAGGGAGUUGGAGGCGUUGGGUGUUGUGGAGGAGGACGGGAGAUGAGGUUUGAUUAGUUAGGUUAAGUUGGAAGUACUGUUAAUAUACGCUUAUGCAAUAUUUCGAAAUAUUUACAAAAAAUGUACAGUAUUUGAUACAAUGUGUCCUCUAUUGAAAAAUAUAUUUUAUAAAUAAAGUAAUACUAUUAUAGUGAAGAA